UUCCGGCCGCUUUGACGCUCUCGACGCCGGCGGUGUGAACGCACAAUAAUGAAGUUGACGGAGAAGCAGUGGACUAUGGAUUGACAGAGAGGAUGAUUUCAUGCCUCUUUGAAGGAUCAUUUAAGAAGCAAGCCAAAUUCAACUGAUUUGUUCAGCAGUGGAAAGAAACCGUGACACUAACCCUCGAGCCUGUCCCGGUACAUUCAGAGAAGGCUACAGCGGAAUCAAGUCAUGCCAUCCCAUCAUCAGCCUUCCCACCAGUUUUCAUCAUUCCAAAAUUUCCCAGAGAUGUUCAGACAAAGUUGGACCAAAAACCGCCAUGUAAAAUUGAGAGAUCCGAUCACAACAAAAUCAUAAGAACAUUGUAUGAAACCAUGGCCCUGAUCAAAAUGUUUCCGACCAAUGAUGACUAUGUGAAAGUGUGUAAGGCCCUGAUUUUGAAAUACCCUUUCUUAAAAGACAAAGAAGGCAAUGGUUAUCAUACCUGGCAAAUGUCUCUCAAACGUAAGUUCAAAUAUGAGCGGGUGCCACUGGUAGAUGAUGAAGAGGUGAGAAGAAUGAAACAGAAAUUUGGUCAUCACAAAAAGCCUUUACAACUGGAAGAAAACACAAGCAAACGAGCCAAGGCAUCAAAGAAGGUGGAUAUUAUUGGGGAGGAUGAUACCUCAGUAGCGAGCCAUGUGAAAGUCCUGCAGGACCAGUACCGGAAGACACAGCCAGAUGCCCGAAUUGUGGAGGAACGGAUGAUGAGGACAUUUGCUUGGAGAAGGCGAGAGAUUGCCAAUGGGAUGACUGUCAAAGAAGCCAUUAACAAAUAUCCAUUCCUUAAGAGUCCAUGCAGGCUAUUUCAGGAAAUGGGCCGGCUUCAUGAUGAAAUGAAUAUCUGCCGAAGGUUCGAAGAUGGCUUUAAGGUUCUAGUACCCAAAGUGCUUAGUUUGACUCAAAGGAAAUCUCCCCUUGCAGAUCUGGCUUUGGAGGAAAGAGAGGCUGCCCUCACCGAAGAUGUCCCUGGGAUUGAUUUCAGAGCUGCAAUCCUGCUGUUGCCGAUCCUGUUCAGGGAGAAAAAUGACAUUCUCUUCAUACUUGGCGAGCGAUAUGUUCUAAAAAUGUCUGAGGUUGAUGAUAAGCCUCUACCUGUUAGUGUGACCAGGGUAAUCAACAUUUUAGCUUGA